GCCUUCUGCUAAGAAUCCGGACAUUUCACUCUCCUCGUCCUGGAGGGUCUGCUGUGGCCAGAACUGGGAGGGUUGAGCCCUGGUCCAGCCCUGAGUGGAGAGCGAGCCUCUCACCAUGACAGCCUGCUGCAGCUGGAAUGAUGUUUUCCAGUAUGAGACAGACAAAAUCAUCCGGAUCCAAAGCAAGACUUAUGGCACCAUUAAAUGGUUCUUCCACGUGGUGCUCUUUUCUUACAUUGGCUUUGCUUUGGUGAGUGACAAGCGGUACCAACGGAAAGAGCCUGUCAUCAGUUCUGUGCACAGCAAGAUAAAAGGGAUAGCAGAGGUGAAAAAGGAGAUUAUGGAGAAUGGGCAGAAGAAGGUUGUGCAGAGCGUCUUUGAUAUGGCGGAUUACACCUUCCCCUUACAGGGGAACUCCUUUUUUAUGAUGACAAACUUUCUCAAGACAGAAGGCCAAGAGCAAGGGUUGUGUCCUGAGUACCCCACCCGCAGGACGCUCUGUUCCUCUGAUCGGGGCUGUAAAAAGGGAUGGCUGGGCCCACUGAGCAAAGGAAUCCAGACUGGCAGGUGUGUAGAUUAUAAAGAGAAGCAGAAGACCUGUGAAGUCUUCGCCUGGUGUCCUGUCGAGGCAGCGGAAAAGGCUCCGGCGCCUGCGCUCUUGGUCAGUGCUGAAAACUUUACUGUACUCAUCAAGAAUAAUAUCGACUUCCCUGGCCACAAUUACACCACGAGAAACAUCUUGCCGGAUUUAAACAGCACUUGCACGUUUCACAAGACUCGGGAUCCACAGUGUCCCAUUUUCCGACUAGGAGAUAUCUUCCAAGAAACAGGAGAUAAUUUUUCAGAAGUGGCAAUUCAGGGAGGAAUCAUGGGCAUUGAGAUCUACUGGGACUGCAACCUGGACAGAUGGUUCCAUCACUGCCGUCCAAAAUACAGUUUCCGUCGCCUUGACGACAAGACCGCCAAGGAGUCCUUGUACCCUGGCUACAACUUCAGAUAUGCCAAGUACUAUAAGGAAAAUAACACUGAAAAGCGGACCCUAAUAAAAGCUUACGGGAUCCGAUUUGACAUCCUGGUUUUUGGCACCGGGGGGAAAUUCGACAUCAUCCAGCUGAUCGUGUACAUUGGUUCAACCCUCUCCUACUUUGGUUUGGCCACCGUGUUCAUUGACAUGCUCAUCAACACUUAUUCAAGUAAAUACUGUAAAUCGCAUGUUUAUCCCUGGUGCAAGUGCUGUCAACCCUGCGCAGUCAAUGAAUACUACUACAAGAAGAAGUAUGAAUCCAUUGUGGAGCCAACACGGACAUUAAAAUAUGUGUCCUUUGUGGAUGAACCCUAUAUUAGGAUGGUAAAUGAACGACUGCUUGGGAGAAGUCUGCAAGAUGUCAAAGGUGAAAAAGUCCUGAGACCCCAGCUGGACUUUGCAGACUUGUCCUGGCUGCCUCUGUCUCUUCACGACCCACCCCUCAUUCCCGGACAACCAGAGGAGAUCCAGCUGCUCAAUGAAGAGGUGCACCUUAAAUCCAGGGACUGCCCGGAUUGGUGCCAGUGCGGAAACUGCCUUCCAUCCCAACUCCCUGAGAACCAAAGAUGCCUGGAGGAGCUGUGCUGCCGGAAGAAGCUGGGUGCCUGUAUCACCACCUCUGAGCUAUUCAGGGACCUGGUGCUAUCCAGGCGGGCCCUGCAGUUCCUAGUGCAGUACCAGGAGCCCUUGCUGGUGCUGGAUGCAGAUUCUGCCAACAGCCGGCUGCGGCACUGUGCCUACAGGAGCUACACCACCUGGCGCUUUGGCUCCCAGGACCUGGCUGACUUCGCCAUCCUGCCCAGUUGCUGCCGCUGGAGGAUCCGGAGAGAGUUCCCCAAGAGUGAAGGCCAGUACAGCGGCUUCAAGAGUCCUUACUGACGCGCUGAGCAGUCACAGAACAUUGCCUUUGCUUGCACCUUGAGCUUCACCUGCAAGGAUGUGUGUCCAGAUUUUCAGCCAAACGGAAAUGGGCUUUCCUCUCCCCCAGCUCUCUGUGUGUCAGAGAGCAAAGUGACGGGGUAAACAACAGAUAAACCAGAAUCCCUCAGCAUGGAUGAGAGUCAAGAGAUUCAGUUUCAUUUCUCUGUUCUAUCCCUAGGAGGUUGAGAUCCCAGGCCUUUAACCUCUGUACCUUAGUUGCCUUAUUAGCCAACCUACUGUUUCACAAUUAGGAGAGCAAAUUGAGACAGUGUACACAAAUUUUCUUAUUAAUACAUAAAAGCUACAUGAAUAUGGCCUUCCCUGGUGGUCAAGUGGUUAGGAAUCCACCUGCCAAUGCAGGGGAUAUGGGUUCAAUCCCUGAUCCAGGAAGACCCCACA